UUUUUGCAUUAUGUAGUUGCGGCCACACUGUCCUGCAGACACGUAUUUUCAAUGUUUUUUAAUUAAAAAUUAAAUUGUUGUUAAACCAGGCAGCGCAGGCCAAUUAAACGUAUCACAGACAGUGCCUCGUCAUGUUUGCUAACCUGAAGAACAAGCUGAUCGAGGAGGUGAAGGCGUCGCCGUCCAAGUUCCAGCAAUUUGCGAAUGCUGCACAGGCCGCCGUGAGCUCAUCGUCGAGCACAACACCGACUUCGGAGACGAACACAAGCAGCAACAAUGAGAAUUUUUUCAGCAUCACAGAGGAAGACACGCCUCAGAACUCGCCUUAUCGCAUUCAGAAACUGCCGGCCACCAGUGCAUCUUCUCUGCGGGGACGUUCCUCCACGCAGUCCCUGAACGGAGUGGGUUUGGGCGGUGGAGCCACUCCAAGGACACGAAAGCUGUCCAACUCGUCUAUGGCGAGCGAUGUGUCUUUCCGCCUGCCCUCCUACGAUGCUCCAGCGGUGUAUCACCUUCAAUCCGAUCUGGAUGAGACCAGCAGCGAGUUCGACGACUCGGCUUCGACGGCCCGGCUGGACGUGAUCACCAAGGACCAGCUUUACGAUGCCUACAAGAAGUCUCUGGAUCGCUACCACAAGUACCGCUGUCGCUACACGGAUCUGGCGAAAAAGUACAAGGAUUUAGAGCGUGACAGUUCUAAGGCCAGGUCAGUGCUGGUAGAAACGCAGGACAAGGCGCUGCGACGAAUCAGCGAACUGCGAGAACAGUGCACGCUGGAGCAGCAGGCGAAGGCCCACUUGGAGGAGGCCCUACGCAUCGAAAUGGACGACAUGAGCUGCAAGAUGCAGGCGUAUCAGACGAAGCUCAAGCUGCUGGGCGAGAAUCCGGAUAACAUUGCGGCGGCCCUAGAGCGCAGCGUUCAGUCGCAGGACUCGGACAAGCUAAUUGACCUGGAGGAGUCGUCGGGCAAGUCACCAUCUGCUGCUACGAAUGGGGCUCCCACUGAGGAUCUGUCCAGUUUGCAGCAAUUAGUCAAAGACCGCGAGACUCAACUCCAGGAGGUGACUGAGAAAUACGAAGCCUUGCGCAAACAAGAGGAGGAGAAUGUCCUGCUCCUAGCCCAGACCAAGCAGGCCAUUCACACAGAAUUGGAGCACAAGGACUCCGAGGUUCGUCAACUGCAGGAGAAACUAAAACAACUGGAAUCGCAACGGGAGUCGCACACCAACGACGCCAAAGAGCAGUUCAAGAAGUUGCAGGCGACCAAACAGGAGGUGGAUGCCAAACUCAUCUCCACCGAGCAUCUGCUAAGCACUCUGAAGGGCAACUAUGCGUCCAAGGAGCAACAGGUGGCCACUCUCGAAAAGCAACUCGAAACACUUAAAACGGAAAACGAUCAGAAGCUGAAAGCUCUUCAAAAGCAGAACCAGGAAAGCGACUCCAGUAAGCAACUGAAGCAACUUCAAUUGGAAAAGGAAGAAGCUGAAGCGAGUCUGUUGACCAAGGGCAAGCUCCUCGAAUCUCUGGUAAGCGUACAGGCAGCUAAGGAGGCACAAAUUAAGGAACUGACAGAAGAACUUGCUAAUUUGAGAGUAGAAAACGAACAGAACUUGGCUAAACUUCGCCAAACUAGCGAAGAUAGCAUGUCCCUAAUCAACCAGGCCCAGGAAAACAAAAUGAAUAUACAAGCCGCCAAGGAGGAAGUUGAAUCUAAGCUAUUGGUCACAGAGGAGCUGCUUAGCUCUCUCCGAAGCGAGCACAAGUCCAAAGAAGAAGAGCUGACCAAACUACAAGAGAACCUCAAAGCUCUGACCGUGGAAAACGAAAAGAACUUGGAGAAAUUGCGGCAAAACAACCAAGAUCGCGAGUCACAAACAACCGAAGCUCAGGAGCAGCAAAGGAAACUACAGGCAGCCAACGAAGAAGCUGAGGAAAAACUCCGGUCCAUGGAACUUAGUGUGAAUGCUCUUCAGGCCGCUCUCUCUAACAAGGAGGAACUGGCUGCCUCCUUGGAGCAGCAGCUGAAUUCCCUCAAGACCGACAGCGAACAGAGCCUACAGGAUUUGCGACUGCACAACGAUCAGUUGCUGGAGAUUGUCCAGCGACAUCAGCAAAACGACUGGGAAAACCAGCUUGCGGUGGCCAGAGAAGAGCUAGCCGCCCUGCAGGCGCAGCGGGAACAGCGCACCCUCGAACUGGAGAAGAGCCUAGAGAUGGAACGUGAAACUUCAGCCGCUUUGAGUUCAGAGAAGGCCGCCCUGGAGGAACAACACCGGCUUAAACUGGAGCAGCUGCAGCGCGAAAUCCAAAUCCUUCGGGAUCAGCAUGCCAAUUCAGAGAGCGACACUGUGACUGCACUGAAGGCCCAGCUAGAGACUCUUAGUCAGGAUCUGGCCACCAGUCAGGCGAGUCUCCUGGCUAAGGAAAAAGAACUAAAGGCCAGUGGCAAUAAAUUGAACAAGAUGAAGAAGCAGCACGACCAGCACCAGACCAAGUCGAACGAGCACGCCGCCCGCUUGGAGCAGCUCCAAAGGGACUUGACAGAACGACAAAAUCACUCUCGCCAGGUGGAAAACGAGAAGGAAGAGCUGCAGGCACGCGUUACGGGAAUACUGGAGGAGAUCACGACCAUGCAGACCCAAAUGCAGCAGGUGCAGGCCUCCCACAGCGAACUUGAGCGGGAGAAACGCAAGCUGGAGUCCCGGAUCGAGUCGCUGCAGCAGGAGCAGGUGGACAGCAGUGCCCAGGAUGAACGUACUUCAGCGAAGCUCGAGGAGAUCCAAAGCGAAAACACCAAGCUGGCCGAAAGGAAUUGCCUCCUGGAGGAGCAGGCGAAUCACUUGGAGUCCCAGCUGCAGGCGAAGCAGGAAGAGAUGGGCAAGAUUCAAAUGAAGUUGCAACAGGUCCUCGAUGAACACUCGAAACUGCAGAACGCCCAAGAGUUGAUGGAUCACGACCACCGAACUCUGCAGGACAAGUGCGAUGCGUACGAGAAGGAGAAGCUUCUGACUAAGGACACACUCGACUGCCUGCAGGUGGCCAGCGAGGAGCUGCAGCAGACCAAGGCGAGCCUUCAGAGGGACCUCGAGGAGCAGCAACAGCAAUUGAUGGAACUGAAGGAGCGUCAGCGGGAACAGGAGCAGCAGCUGCGGGACCAGGCCGAACGCUGCUCUGAGCUUGAAACCAAGAAUUCUGCAAGCGAGUCUGAACUGCAGGCCACGAUCAGCCGUCUUCGCGAGCAAUUGGCAGACUCGCAGCGCCAGGCGGAGCAGUGCGUCCAAGAGAAGAUCCAGGAUGCCACUGCAUCGCAUGCCACGCAGAUCGAAACCUUGGAGGCACGCUGGAGUGCUGCCAAUGCGGAUGUGGAGCGUCUGCACGAAGCUAACGACGCUCUGCAACUGGAAAUGGAGCAGCUGAGGAGCAGGCACAGUCAGGACAGGGAGGAGGUUAAGGAGUCGAUAGCGCAGAAAAACAGGCAGGUGGUCGAGCUCCAGGAAAAGCUUGCCCUCAGGGAUCGUGAGCUGGAGGAAAAGGUAGAUAAUACCCAAAAGCUGGUAAAAUUCGAGGAGCUUCAGGUGGAGAACGAGUAUCUGAACAAGCAUACCAAACAGUUGGAACGAGAGCUAGCCGAGAGUGCAGAGGUCAAGGAGAAGCUCAAGUCCUUGCAGUGUGAGCUCUAUGUCCUGCAGGAAAAGGCUGAGCAGCAUGCCGUCCAAGUGGCCGAAAAGGAAACCCAGAGUGCAGCCGCCAAGGCCGAGGCUAUCGAGCUCAGACAAGCCAUUGAGGAACAGGCCGUGGAGCUGACCCGUCAGAAGGAGCACGCCAGUUUUGUCACCGAGCAGAGCGAUGCGGUCCAAAAGGAUCUCCUGCAGGCGCAGCACCAGCUCCAGGAGAAACAGACCGAAUUGGCAAAGAGCCACGAAGAACAGGCCAGUCUCAGGGCCACCAUUGACGGCCUCAGCCUGGAGGUGACCACACUAAAGGAGCAGGCAGCUGCCAUCUCAGACUCAGAUGGCCUGCGGAGUCUUAACGAGCGACUGCAGCGGGAAUUGGAGGACCUUAAGCACAAGAGUGACGGCGCCGAGUCAAAUAUGCAGCAGGAGAUCGAAGAGCUGCAAGCAAACAACCAGCAAAUGGCCGAACGCAUCAAUGAGCUGGAAACUCUGCGGGCUGGUAUUCAGGCUCAGCAACUCCUCGCCAGCAUGGCACCGAAAAGCCUGCAGCAUGAGGACCCUGUCGCAGCCGAGAAAGCUGAACUGGAGGCCAAGCUUAAGGAGAUUAUGAACGAGGUGCAGGAUGUCACGAAUCGUAACCUGUUCCUGGAGCAAAAGUGUGAAAACUUUCUGAUACUCGAGCAGUCCAACGAGCGGCUCAAGCUGCAGAACGCGAAACUGUCGCGCCAACUGGAUGAAACACUGGUAUCCAUGCAGCAUAGCGAGAGCGUUCCGGCCAACACGGAGUUCGAGUACUUGCGCAAUAUCAUGUUCCAGUAUCUCACGGGCAACACGAAUAACGAAACCCUGGUCAAGGUGAUAUCGGCGGUGCUGAAGUUCUCUCCACAGCAGGCCCAAGUUGCCUUGGAAAAGGAGCAUCAGCGCAGAUCGCUGCUGAACAAAAUAAUCUAGCACGAACUGAUGGCUCUCUACGACAGCGAAUGGAAUUGGGAGCCCUGCCC